GUGGAGUUUGCAUGUUCUCCCCGUGUCUGCGUGGGUUUCCUCUCACAGUCCAAAGACAUGCAGGUUAGGUGGAUUGGCGAUUCUAAAUUGGCCCUAGUGUAUGGGUGUGUUUGUGUGUGUCCUGUGGUGGGUUGGCACCCUGCCCGGGAUUGGUUCCUGCCUUGUGCCCUGUGUUGGCUGGGAUUGGCUCCAGCAGACCCCUGUGACCCUGUGUUCGGAUUCAGCGGGUUGGAAAAUGGAUGGAUGGAUAUUAUUAAUUAGAUUCUUCUGGAAAAAUAUCAGCGCACAUCAUGGAAAUGUAAUUCAUAUGAGAACUGAAAACGGGGACUUAACCAGUGAUUGAAGGGAAGAAGCAUAUUAAUAGCUUGGCUUCCUUUCAAAUGUGAUUAUUUUAGAUGAAUGAGGCCAUUGUAAUAACAAAGCAAACUAAAAAUGAAUACCACAUUGAAACAAAUAUAAACACAAGACCACUGAUAGACAAUGAGUUCCUGACAGUAAAGACCUUUUCUUUUUGCCUUUUACCGCAGGACAUCCAGACCUCCUUUUCCAAACUGCUGAGGGAAUGUCUGACUUUGGCUUUCGUCUCUUGGAGGUGGGCAGUUUGGCAGUGAAAAGAGCUACAGACAGUAGCAAUCUGAAACUCAACUCAACUGGUGACGUCAAGCAAGAAGAUAAUCCGACUGAUUUUGUUGGGCUAAUGGAUGCUAGUUUGGAGAAGUUCAUCUCUGUUAAAGAGGAUGACUCUGAGGUGGAAUGCCCUCCUAUAAUUAAAAUGGAGGUAAUUGCCGUGAAGCGUGCAGGUGAACAUUUAAAUGAAUUUGGUGUAUAUAAUGAAAAUGAGCCCCAUCUACGAACUACACAGAGUAGUCCGACUUCAGUCCAUGAGGAACGCCGACCUGAAGAUAAACUUGCGUUGGGAUGUAAUUCAACGGUGGAAAAAUGCAUUGACAAGCUGCAACAAGACCAAACUGUAAAAACAAACAUGUAUGAAACGUCUUUCAGUAUAUUUGACAGCCAUAAAAGACAUGCAUAUAAUGCCACAGAAAAUAAAGCUUACAGACGUACUGGAAAACCUACGGCAGAAAAAUCACACAAUUGUAUCGAAUGUGGGAAGACUUUCCGUCUGGCUCAGCACCUGAAACAACACCAGAGGACUCACACAGAGGAGAAACCAUACCAGUGUACUGAAUGUGGGAAGACGUUCCGCCAGGCUCAAAACCUCAAACACCACCAGAGAAUUCACACGGGAGAAAAACCGUAUCAGUGUACUGAGUGUGGGAAGAACUUCACCUGGGUGGAAAGCUUUAAACUCCAUCAGAGGAUUCACACAGGGGAAAAACCGUAUCAAUGCACCGAAUGUGGAAAAGCCUUUAAUCAGGCGUCAACUCUUAAGCACCAUCAGAGGCUUCACACAGGGGAAAAACCGUACCGGUGUACAGAAUGCUUAAUGACUUUCACUAGAGCAGCACAACUUAAGCAGCAUCAAAAAAUUCACACCGCACCAAAACUGAACAAAAUGUCUGAGAGUGGACUGGCAUUCAGUGAAGCUACUUUUCAUCGGGCAAUCCAUGCCAUCAGAAAAGUCUUCCCGUGUACAGAAUGUGGAAAGAAUUUCUGCCGGAUGGAGAGUCUCAAACAGCAUCAGAGAAUUCACACGGGGGAGAAACCAUUCCAGUGUACUCGGUGUGCAAAACAUUUUAGCUGGGCGGAAAGCCUUAAACUCCACCAGAGGAUUCACACGGGAGAAAAACCGUACCAGUGUACGGAGUGUGGAAAGGCAUUCGGUGAUAGUGGAAAACUAAAACGUCACCAGCGGAUCCACACUGGAGAAAAACCGUACCAGUGCUCAAUUUGCGAAAAGACGUUCAACCAGGCAGCAACCCUUAAGCACCACGAGAGAAUUCACACGGGUGAAAAACCGUACUUGUGUACGGAAUGUGGAAAGACUUUCAACCAGAAUUCAAGCUGUAAAAAGCACCAGAGAAUUCACCAUGGAGCAAAAAAUGUGCAAAUGUCGACGGAUUUGGAGCCUGGCAGUAGUACACUUUAAAAAACAUAAAUGUUUUCAUGAGGUAUUUAAACAAAUGUAUAUAAGUUAUGAAAGGAAAAUAAGUUUAAUAUAAUGGUGAGGCUUAAAAUUCAUUUUAUAUACAAAUUGUAAUAGAGCAAUGAGAGAGAGAGAGAAGUUGGGAGCAGGCAUUGAUACAGCAUGUUGCCGCACCCACCAGACGACGGACCACCUGAUUGUAGCCAUGCAAUGGGUGACACCUCAGCACCACACUGUAACAGUGACUGGAGUGCCAAUCCUGACACCAACCCCCAAGUGUUUCCUUGAAACUUGGAGGACCUGCUUGCAGGGCUGGAUGCCGAUUGAUGUCAUACUCAUGAUGAAGCAAUUGCUGGUUAAGGCCUUGCUCAAGGGUCCAACGAUGCGUAGAGUUACUUCUGGCAUUUACAGGAUUCAAACCAACAACCUUCUGAUUGCCAGCGCAGAUCUUUAGCCUCAGAGCCACCACUCUGCCCCAAUAGAGCGAUGGAAUUCAGAUUAUUCCGAUUAAGUUACCAAGUAGUGUGGCAGACAGUAAGACUUUACGGGACUUUCAAAAGUUGACUUGAUGGUUUUUUGGAAGAGAUAAGUGGAUAGGACUGGCGAGCUUUGUUGGGCUGAAUGGCCUGUUCUCGUCUAGAGUGUUCUAAUGUUCUAAUUAUUGUAUCUGUGUUAAUUUCAUUAAUUCAGAUAAUCUAUUCAUUCAUUUUCUAACUUGCUUAUGCAGUUCAAUAUG